UAUGCAGUAGAUGUUGUACCCAACUCAGGGGUUCUGCAUUAAAAACGACGAAAGCAUCGCUGCGCUGUAAGAGAGCCGCAGUUCGAUACGUCAGCAGUUUCAUAUCCACAAUUUCCAGAACCUGUUAACCUUAUACGCUACAGAGUCCAGCAUCUCAGUGGAGUUCACUGCUGCAGUUGUCGCGUCUAGUCUGGCGCGCUUCUACUAACGCCAUGGAGCACAUAGCUGGUCUUGUCGUUGGAUUGGUCGUGGCCGCUGUUACUAUCUCCGCGGUCCUUCUUCUAUGUGGCACAAGGGAAGAGACCCAGGAUGAUACUGGUACCCCAGUUGGGCCAUCAAUGGCGCACCGGAGAGGAGCACCCAAGGGAAAAGCGGAAAUUGACCCGAUCCUACAACCGGACUGGGCAGCUAAGCACGCCCAGCAAGAGGCGCUGCAGAAGCAACAGCUAGUAGUGAAAGCUGGGAGGACUGCAAAAGCCAAUGGAACCGCUGGAGGGGACGAUCAUGUUCAACUCGUCCUUAGGCAGCCAUCAACUAUGGCCGACAAGUAUGCGUUGCCAUCUCAUCUAACAAAGCAGCUCGGCAGGGGCGCAGGGACGCAACCUAACGGCCCCCCUGCACAACGUAUUAAUUCAGGAAAUGGUCCUGUGCCUGUCCAGCAUGCGCAGACGUUCAGAAAUAGGGCCCCUCCCGACGGUGGCGGCCCACUAGGCACCCCCCUUUCUGCCCAGAUGAAGCAGGACGACAACAGCCUCCGUACGCCCCACAGCUUCACACCGCCCCUGAACCCGCCCGAGCGCGUCUACCACCCGCCGACGAAGGCCACCCCUCCGAGCAGCCGACUAACGAGCCCCGUCAAUCACGGCAGCAUCCACAUCAGCACCGCAAGCGGCGGCGAAGCCGCUGGUGUGGACGCGGACCUUGCCAAUCGCUUGGUAUACAACGGCAGCAAUGACCACAACACGUACCACGGGGGCAAGCCCUCCUCGCCCCCGGGCUCCGUGCGAGGUCCGCCGCUGCGACCCACAAGCGGCGCCCCAGCCGCCGACUUUGCCCCCGCACUCCCCGCGUCGCCACCGACUGAGAGCCACCCGCACCACAUGCAACCGCAGCCGCAGCGGUCACAACGCAUGCCACCUGUGGUGUCUGCCGCCGCCUGGGCAAAUGGGGGUGAGGUCCCUGUUAUCUCGAAGGAGAUUGAGGAGCUUGGAAGCAUGGACGAUGGAGGCAGUGGCGGCGGCGGAGCAGGAGCAGGAGCAGCAACAGGAGUGGAGGGUGGCGGCCGGGGUGGUGGCGGCGUCUCCAUCGGCGGAGGCUAUGGCGGUGGCGGCCCCAGUCCCUUCUUUUCCAAUUCGGCCAUGGCAAGCCUGAGCCGCCGGGUGAUGCCCCCCAGUCACGUCGGGGCAGCUGAGGGGGCGCCAAGUUUCAAGAGCGCCGCCACCGCCCCGCCCGCUACGGGUGAUGUCCCGCCCGCUCGGAUUCUGGGCGGCGUGCAGCUGCGGCCCGCUUCAGAUGUGGUGGAGAAGCUAGUGAGGGGCGUGGACUGGUCGGUUGCGGGUCCUGGGGAGGGCGGCGGCGGCCCGGUGGGGAGGAGCGUGGGUGGCGGCAUGGGCGCGGGCAGGACGGAAGGGCGGGCGCUGGCCACGCUGCAGGAGCGCAGCUCGGGCGUGGAACCGGUGGACGACGAGGGCGCUGUUUGCCGCGCGGUCAGCAGCAGAGAGGCGUUGAUGCGCGGGAUGGCCUCGCAUGCGGGUCCCAGCGUGCGCCGAGGGCCCCUGAUGGGAACCCGCUCUGGGAACAUGCUGCUGGGGAGCGCACACGCCAACGCCGCCCGUUGGUCCGCCAACAACAACAACAGUAACAACAACAACCUCAGCGCAGCAGGCGCUAGCGCUCCGGUCUCGGUCAGCCCAGGACUGGGUCUGUUCCCAGCCAUGCACUUGCGCAUGGGGCUUCCGAGCCAUGCGUCUGCUGAGAGUUUGGCUGACACUGCUGGCGCGCCGCAUGAGCCCAUAUCGUUGCCGGGCAGCGCCGAAGCCGCCUCACCUGCAGGCGAGGUCCAGUUGGGUGGCCGGUAUUCAUACACACGAAACACGAGCUCGCCGCCGCAGGCUCAGAGGCAACGAGGCCUGUCUUUCGGGACGGAGGUGACGGCUGCAGCGGCGGCACGGGCGCCAGGCCAGGGUGACGGGACUCACAUGGCUCGUGCGCCGCCAGCUACGUGGAGUGGGAUGGUUGCGACGCAGGGUACGGACCUGGAAGCAGGGCCAGCAGCAGCAGCGAUUACGGGCGGCGGCGUGGAAGGGGCGACGUCAGCUGCGCCUCCGCCCGGCAGCCGGGCGGCUCGCGCUCAGGCGCUGCUUGCCCGUAAUAGGAAUAACCUGAGCCGGUUGGGGACUAAUGCUGCUGCAGGGGCGGUUUUGGAAGUGGGACCCUAGACCCAUGGGUCGGUUUAAACUUGUCAUGAGCACCGGAGACUAGGUGCAUUUAUCAGAGGCGCAUCAGUUGCAUGUGAAUAUAAGGGUUACCGAAUGUUUUUUAACUUUGUACAUAUUUAGUCGCUGCGGGCUGAGUAAUAAAGGUCGUAUUGUACUUUGUGGUUUCAAUGCAUUACUACAUGUGCGCAAUCGGGAUUGCGUAUGCAUGCGCAUUCCGUUUCCGCGGCUUGAGUAAGAAGCGCGAGUCGACGAGGGGCUGUCCCGUGCAUCAUACGUCGGUAACGUAGCCGUGCCUUCUUGCAUUCACUGUUUACCCAUGAUAGUUUAUUAUGCCCUUGAUCGGCGUAAUCCUUAUGGAGGACCACCUUUGCGAUAAGUACGCAAUGCAAACAUGUAUCGUAUAAUGUGAUGUCUUCUCCCGGGUGAACAGGUUGACUCGCAGUUGCAGGCUUCGAGACCUGGCUGCUUGGCGCUGGGUUUCCCUACCUUGGUGCAUGCAUGGAGGGAAGCCAUAGGGCUUAACAUUACGACUUGAGUCUUGAGGCAUGCUUUCAUUUCUAGUAGCAGGAUGUCCUCCUAUAACAACGUUCGCUCCCAUGUCGAUUGUAUUCCUAGCGCCCAG